AUGGGCCCCGCACCUGCGAGAGCGGAGCAUCGCGGAACUGCUGGGGAGCCGGAGGUGAUGGAGUCAGCUCUGGAAGGCACAGGCAAAGAGGGGAAGAAGGAAUCCUUAAAGAAGCGUAAGAUAGCUGGGUCUCCAGGGGAGGGCCUCCUGCAGCCUGUGAAGCUCAGCCGGGCAGAACUCUACAAGGAACCUACCAAUGAGGAGCUCAGUCGCCUUCGGGAGACUGAGAGUCUGUUCCAUUCCAGCUUGCUUCGUUUACAGGUAGAGGAGUUACUAAAGGAAGUGAGGCUGUCAGAGAAGAAGAAAGAGCGGAUUGAUGUUUUCCUACGGGAGGUCAACCAGCGGAUCAUGAAGGUGCCCUCAACCCCUGAGACAGAGCUCACCAACCAGGCAUGGCUCCCAGAUGGGGUUCAAGUCCCUAUCCACCAAGUGCCCUAUACUGUGAAGGGCCGUUUCCAUUUCCUGCCCCCAGCCCAGGUCACUGUUGUGGGAAGUUACCUUCUGGGCACCUGCAUCCGGCCGGACAUCAAUGUGGAUGUGGCACUGACUAUACCCAGGGAGAUCCUACAGGACAAGGAUGGGCUGAAUCAGCGCUAUUUCCGCAAGCGUGCCCUCUACCUGGCCCACUUGGCUCACCACCUGGCCAAGGACCCACUUUUCGGCAGUGUUCGCUUUUCCUACACCAAUGGCUGCCACCUGAAACCCUCGCUGCUGCUGCGGCCUCACGGGAAGGAUGAGCAUUUGGUUACCGUCCGUCUGCAUCCCUGCCCUCCACCUGACUUCUUCCGCCCGUGCCGCCUGCUGCCAUCCAAGAGCAAUGUGCGCUCUGCCUGGUACCGAGGGCAAAAUCCUUCGGGGGAUGGUGACCCAGAACCCCCCACCCCCCACUACAACACAUGGCUCCUGCAGGACACAGCUCUUGAAUCCCACAUGCAGCUGCUGUCAGCUGUGCUGGGCUCAGCCUCAGGACUGAAGGACGGGGUGGCACUUUUGAAGGUCUGGCUGCGGCAGCGGGAACUGGACAAGGGUCUGGGAGGAUUCAGCGGGUUCCUUGUCUCCAUGGUGGUGGCCUUCCUUGUGUCCACACGCAAGAUCCACACCACCAUGAGCGGCUACCAGGUGCUGAGAAGCACCCUGCAGUUUCUGGCCAGUACAGAUCUGACCGUCAACGGGGUCAGUUUAUGCUUCAGCUCAGAUCCUUCCCUGCCGGCCCUGGCUGACUUCCACCAGGCCUUCCCUGUUGUCUUCCUGGACUCCUCGGGCCGUCUCAACCUCUGUGCUGAUGUCACUGCUUCCACUUACCACCAGGUGCAGCAUGAGGCUCGGUUGUCUAUGGCGCUCCUGGACAGCAAAGCUGACGAUGGGUUCCAGCUGCUCUUGAUGACUCCCAAACCCAUGAUCCGGGCUUUUGACCACAUCCUGCACCUCCGUCCACUGAGUCGCCUGCAGGCAGCAUGUCACCGGCUGAAGCUGUGGCCAGAGCUACAGGAUCUCGGUGGGGACUAUGUCUCAGCGGCUUUGGGCCCACUCACCACCCUCCUGGAGCAGGGCCUGGGGUCCCGGCUGCAGCUGCUGGCCCACUCUCGGCCCCCAGUCUCAGAGUGGGACAUCAGCCAGGAGCCACCAAAGCAUAGAGAUCCGGGUGUCCUGACCCUGGGAUUGCUCCUCCGGCCUGAGGGGCUGACCAGUGUUCUUGAGCUGGGUCCUGAGGCUGACCAGCCUGAGGCCGCCGGCUUCCGCCAGUUCUGGGGCUCUCGCUCCGAGCUUCGGCGCUUCCAGGAUGGAGCAAUUCGGGAAGCUGUGGUCUGGGAGGCUGCGUCUAUGGCCCAGAAGCGUCUCAUUCCCCACCAAGUGGCCACUCAUCUCUUGGCACUCCACGCUGACAUUCCAGAUACCUGUGUCCACUAUACGGGGGGCCUCCUGGACCCACUGAUUCAAGGCCUGAAGGAGACCUCCAGCACCGGUGAGGAGGCCCUGGCAGCUGCAGUGCGUUGCUACGACGACCUCAGCCGCCUGCUGUGGGGCCUGGAUGGUCUGCCGCUGACCGUGUCUGCCGUGCAGGGCGCUCACCCUGUGCUGCGCUAUACUGAGGUGUUCCCGCCAACCCCAGUCCGUCCAGCCCACUCCUUCUAUGAGCAUCUGCGAGAGCGGGCCUCGCUGUUGCCCCGGGCUGACAAGCCCUGCCCAGCCUACGUGGAGCCCAUGACUGUGGUGUGUCACCUGGAGGGCAGUGGGCAGUGGCCACAGGAUGCCGAGGCCAUUCGCAGGGUCCGCGCCGCCUUCCAGCUGCGCCUGGCGGAGCUGCUGACUCAGCAGCACGGGCUGCCAUGCCGCGCCACGGCCACGCACACCGACGUCCUCAAGGACGGGUUUGUGUUCCGAAUCCGUGUGGCCUACCAGCGGGAGCCGCAGAUCCUGAAAGAGACGCGGAGCCCCGAGGGGAUGCUGUCGCUGAGGGACACGCCCGCCUCCCUCCGCCUCGAGAGGGACACGAGGCAGUUGCCCCUGCUCACCAGCGCCUUGCAUGGGCUCCAGCAGCAGCACCCAGCCUUCUCAGCUGUGGCUCGGCUGGCCAAGCGGUGGGUGCGUGCCCAGCUCCUGGGUGGGGAGGUCACCGAUGAGAGCCUGGACCUGGUGGCUGCUGCCCUUUUCCUGCACCCUGAGCCCUUCACCCCUCCCAGCUCCCCCCAGGUCGGCUUCCUCCGGUUCCUUUUCCUGAUGUCAACCUUCGAUUGGAAGAACAACCCCCUAAUUGUCAACCUCAACAAUGAGCUCACUGCGGAAGAGCAGGUGGAGAUCCGCAGUGUCUUCCUGGCAACCCGGGCAAAGCUCCCCGUCAUGGUCAUCGUUACCCCCCAAGAUCGCAAAAGCUCCGUGUGGACACAGGAUGGACCCUCGCCCCAGAUCCUCCACCAGCUCGUGGUCCUGGCAGCUGAGGCCUUGCCUGUCCUAGAGAAGCAGCUUAUGGAUCCCCGGGGGCCCGGAGACAUCAGGACCGUGUUCCGGCCACCAUUGGACAUGUACGACGUGCUGAUCCGCCUGGCUCCCCGCCACAUCCCCCGGCACCGCCAGGCCGUGGACUCGCCAGCUGCCUCCUUCUGCCGGGGCCUGCUCACUGAGCCAGGGCCCUCCUCUCUCAUGCCUGUGCUGGGCUAUGAUCCGCCUCAGCUCUACCUGGCACAGCUCAGGGAGGCCUUCGGACACCUGGCUCUUUUCUUCUAUGACCAGCAUGGCGGAGAGGUGAUCGGUGUCCUCUGGAAGCCCACCAGCUUCCAGCCCCAGCCCUUCAAGGCCUCCAACACGAAGGGACGCAUGGUGGUGUCUCAAGGCGGGGAGCCAGUGAUGGUGCCCAAUGUUGAAGCCAUCCUGGAGGACUUUGCCAUCCUGGGCGAAGGCCUGGUCCAGGCUGUGGAGGCCCGAAGUGAGAGGUGGACCGUGUGA